AGCAUUUGUGAGUGUGAGCGUGUUGGUGGCGUGGAUGUGAAGUGUGACUGAGAAGCUCGUCCUCCAACACGCCUGGUCUCUCCACCUCACACUCCACCUACUUCCACACCUCGUCCUCCACCCUCCUGGACUCCUUGAGGAAACCAGGCCAGUCGGGAGAGAGAAAUGUCGACUCUAUGAACACGGGGAAUAGAGGCCAGAAUAGUUCAACGCUCGCCAUGCCGCCUCCACAACCACGCGAUGGAAGCACGAACCUCACCCUUACGCCCGGGGGGCAAUAAGGACGACGAUCGGCUGGGGGUUUUCGGAGGACCACGUGGUCUGCCGAGGAAGAGACACGCCCCAGGGCAAUCCCCGACGGCCCACGGCAGGAGGUCCUCCUUCUCUACCACCUCCUCCUCCUCCUCCUCCUCCCUCGGGGCUGCCCUCGCGAUGCCCCAGCCCGAAGGAGCUGCUCGGGAGGACCAGUGGGGGAACGCCGAGAGGGACAUGGCGGAGGUUCAGGAUUAUUCUGCCGAUGAAGAAGCCGAUCAGGUCGUCAUGAGCAUGUCAUGGAGUCAAGGCAAACUAGGGGCUGCCUUUUACCACAUCAACACAUCGCAGGUGUACAUGGUGGAGGACAAAAUCGAAGCCGCCCCGGACUUCUGGGUUUUGAGGAGUCUCUUCAGGGAACAGCGACCAAGGUGGGUUUUGAUCGGCGGGAGGCAGGAUGAGCGACUGUUUUCCGUCCUGAGGGAGCUGUGUGGCUUACCCAACAGCCCGGUCUCAGGUGCGUCCAAUCAGGCACAGCACGACCCGAGAGGAUCGACUCCUACAGAAGGCGCCGCAGGAGAAGGUGGCCAGCGUGCCCCUCCUCCCUCAGCGGCGCAUGGCCCGUCAGCGUCCCCGGCCAGGUCCUCCUCCGCCUCCUCCACCUCCUCCUCUUACUCCGCGCCUUCCUGUAACAUGCGUGUCCUUCCAACGUCUGAUUUCAAGUACGAGCUGUGCGUGCGCCGCGUCCUGUCCCUGUCGCUGCCCGGGGAGCCCCAGGGCCUGACGGAGGCGGACAGGGAGCUCUUCGUCAGGGGCAAGAUCAACACCGACCUCGUGUCCAUGACGAGGGCACUUGGCGCUCUCCUCAGGUUCCUGGACAAGCACGGGGCGGAGUUACUCGACGGGACCACACUCCUGGGCGGCACUCCGGUCCUGGGCGUGCACUACUACAGCAUGGACGAGCUGGCCCAGGUGGACGAUGCGACAGUGGCGGCACUGCAGCUGUUCUCCGAGGACCAGCACCCGUCGGCCUUCAAGAGCGGGAAGGCCUCGAGUAGCAAGGAAGGGCUCAGCAUCUACGCCCUCCUCAGCAGGACCGCCUCGCCCAUGGCCGCCCACACGCUCAGGAGGGUGUUGCUCCGUCCCGUGUUAGACGCAGAAGUACUGGAGGCUCGGUACGCCGCUGUGGAGUGGGGCGUGGACUCUGCGAACAUGGAGACUCUGAGACACCUCCACGCCUGCCUCAAGUCUAUCACAAAUGUGCCGCACACCAUGAAACGGCUUCAACGAGGCCAGCUGAAUGUGAGGGACUGGAGAACUUUGUAUAAGUCCCUCUUCAACGCUAUACUUGUGGGAGAGAUCUGCCAAGCCCAGGACCAGGACAUUCCAAUCUUCAAGGAGGUAGGCGAGGGCGUGGCCGAGGGCCUGUACCACACGACGUUCCUCAUCCAGCGCAUCAUGGACACGGAGCAGUCGGAGAGGGAGGCCCGGUUCGUCGUGAAACCGGGCGUGGAUCCGGAUCUUGACAACAAGAAGCGUCGAUUCAGCGGACUCGGAGAGGUCAUGCGUCGAGUGGCCGAGGUCGAAUUGGAGCACCUGCCCCCCGAGGUCGAGUCCUGUUGCAUCAUCUACCUCCCCCACGUGGGCUACCUCCUCGCCUUUCCCGCCCACGCCCGAGCUGGACCAGAGUUUCAACGCCCACGGGUAUGACCUGCCGGGGCUGGAGUUCAUGUUCCGUACCAACGACAUGAUCUUGUACAAGAGUCGGAUGUGUCAUGAGCUGGACCGCGAACUGGGGGACAUCCAGGUGGACAUCGCCAACCACGAGACCAGGAUCAUGAUGAGGCUGGUGGAGGCCCUGCUGCUCCAGGCUUCCACCUUCGUCCACUUGGUUCAGCGGAUUCUCAUGCUGGAUUGCUUACUCUCCUUCGCUGUGGUGUCGCGUGAGUGCGGGUGGGUGCGGCCUCAGCUGACGAAGGAAGCCGUGCUGGAGGUGGAGGACGCCCGUCAUCCCCUCUACGAGCUUUGCCACCCCGCCUCGAUCGC